AUGCCGCGGAUGCAGAGCCCACACCAUACCCACAGUGAGGACGUAUGCCUUAUCAAGAUUGCCACAGAAAGGGCGCGGUGCUCAUAUCGCGGGAAAAACCACGACACCACCACCACCACCGCUGAAAAGCGAAGCCCAGCGCCAUGUAGCCCGCUCCAUCUUCCCACUGGCACCGCCUGCGUGGGGAAGUCAGCGCCAAGUGCGGAUAUGUGGGAGAGUGCCGUCGGCGUCGUGUCCAGGCAGCAUGAACAGCUCCAGCGCGGUGGAUGCCGGUGCUGUCUGUCAGCCCCACAUCGCACUCUCGCUGGAAGUCGUUAA